UCUAGGGUAUUAUGCUGACAUUUUCAUUUGUUUAUAUUGAGCACUUUACACAAACGAAGAUGCAAUAAUUUGUCUACGCUGCAAUUCUCAAGGAAGAAAGUACAAUUCAUUAUUUUAACGCAAUUGUAAAUAUGGCCGGGUUUGUAGCAGUCCACACUGGUGCUGGAAAUUGCAUAGAUGAAACCAAAUACCAGCGCGUUAUCAAAGAAGCCUGUGUACGAGCCACAGACAUACUUAAAAAUGGUGGUUCCGCAAUGGACGCAGUUGAGGCGGCGAUAAUGCGUCUCGAAAAUUGUGGCAAUACUAAUGCCGGGUUCGGGUCCAACCUCUGUUGGGAUGGGCGAGUGCAAUGUGAUGCAUCCAUAAUGAAUGGUUCGAAUUUACAUUUUGGAGCCUGCACAAACGUGAGUACAGUACGAAAUCCGAUACGAUUAGCUCGUUUGAUAUGCGAUGGGCAGUCAACUAUGCUAUCAAUGGAGCGCAUACCGCCAAUGGUAAUGGCUGGUAGUGGCGCAGAAAGGUAUGCUGAAGAACUAGGUUGCACGAUGAUCGACGCCAGCGCCAUGAUUUCUUCCAAGGCAAAAUUCUCAUAUAACCACUAUAAAUCUAAAAUAGCGGCAGUAUCACCCGCAGCAGAAGGAACCACUAGCACAAGUAAUGGGAUGUCAACGUUACCAGUUGUCUCAGCUCAAGUUAGUGCCCUUGAUACUGUUGGAGCAGUGUGUGUGGAUAGUAACGGGAAUACAGCUGCUGGUUGCAGCUCUGGUGGGCUAUUAUUGAAGGUGCCAGGACGCGUGGGUCAGGCAGCCACCUAUGGUGCAGGUUGCUGGGCCACUAACACCAAUGAAAUCUCUGUAGCGACUUGUACCACCGGAAAUGGUGAAUAUUUAAUGAAAACAUUUUUGGCGAGAGAAAUUUGUGGAGACUUGCUAGCAACCGAUUGUGCUGUAACAAGCUUACAUAAGAGUUUUAAAUGCAAAUUUUUGGAGUCACCAUUUCUUCCUGUCGAUCAAGAAUUGUAUGCGGGCGCGCUCUCGCUGAUCUAUUAUCCGCAAGGUAACACUGGGGAAGUUCUAUGGAGUCACACAACGAAAUCUUUUUGUGUGGGAUACAUGUCCACACAACAGAAGGCGCCGAAGUUUAUUUAUUCACCACUGCCAACAUAUAGUAUGCCAGGCAGAUCGUGUGUCGUCAAUGGGCAUAAUUUCCAUUUACAUGUCUAGUCGCCGGCAGCGCAGCUACUGUAGCCGCCGUUAAUAAUGAGAGCAUUUAUUGAGAUUGCUAGCGCUGCAUACAUAUAUUCGUCAUUCUUUAUUUCCGUACUUUAUUGGGUAACUACAUGUUUAUUUAUGCAAAACAUUACAGUUCGGCAAGACGAAGAUAAAAAUAAAUAAAAUCCAUUUUACAUUCA